CUAAUAGAGAACGACCUACAAGGUGACAGUAUGCUUCAUCAGGCAACUGUUCUCAACAGCUUCCCCUCUUUGACCAAGUUGGAUGGGAGACAAAUUCUGCCUCGGAUGAGAGAAAAAGCGCUUGAUUUGAGCAGUCGUGCUGACAUUGCAAAGAUCAAAGAUCAGAUCCAAUCGAUACACCGAUCCCAACUGCAGAAGGAAGAGCUCCGAACGCAAUGGAUAGUCUCCUCGCUAUCGCACCAGUCAAAAGAGGUUGAGGAGAAACUGGAGGCCUUGAAAGACAAGAUGCACCGAGAGCUUCAAGCGACGCUGCUGGAUAUCGAAGAGAGUGUCAAGUCCUUUCCUGACCUCAUCAAACACGAGCAUGUGAAGAAGAUCGAAGAGGUAGCUGAAGACAAUUACUCCAGACAGGAGCGUCUUGUCUCAGAUUUUGAUAGAGAGAUGCCGAGACACAUAAAGCCGAGAAGUGAUAUGUAAGGUGUAAAUACAUUCAUUCAUUAUUCUUUUGGUGUUCGAUAAAAAUACAGUGAAGGGU